GUUUCUGCUGUUGCUGCUGCUGCUUGGCUAACACACGCACACACAGGCACGCACACACAGGCACGCACACACAUGCCCCCUUAUCUGAGCCGCUUUGAGCCACACCGUUUCAUCUGGUGCUAUCAGGGCUGAUGAGAGCCUCUCGUCUUUCUGGGUCUGCAGCAGCUUCUGUGGUGAGCGGUGAGUGAAAAGCCUCUCUGAUGGCUCUCCUUUAUCUUCACAUCAAGCCAUUUGCUGGUCCUUUCAUUUUGAUACUUGUGCCAGAUUGAAAAAGGAAACUUCACAAAACUUGUGUCUGGAUGGCACACUGGUUCAGGCUUGGAGAUUUGCAUCCUGAUCCAGCUCAUGGACAGCUCUACUUAAUUUCUUUUUAUGCUGUUCUGUAUUGUACGGGAGCCAUUUGUCUUCCUUUGUAGUUCGCUGUCAAACAAGGCCAAAACAUUUUUUUCCCAACCUGAAAUACUGAAGUAGAGGAUUGUGGGUAUCAGAGCUUCCAAUAUUGAAUGAUUUGAAGAGGUCUUCUAAGAUAAGAUUAUCCCUUUAAAGUAAAUGUAAGCAAAGUGAUAGACUCAGAGUAUGUAAAUUAAAACUCAUAAGUUCAUUUUGAGUGAAAACACAUGGUUUUGAAGCUUUAUUACAAAAACAGCCACUUUUGUUGGUUUUAUUUCAUUCUCUUAACCAUCUCCAAAAGGGGGAUAGUGUUACAAUGGAAAAGAAAAACUUAAACAUGUCAAGACAUGGCUAACUUUUUAAUGUUCAGUUUAUCCAUCUAAAAAAGAGGAUGUGAAACAGAUUUCUUUCCUCCUUUUAAGCUUUUGGAUUUUUACAACUGCUGACUGAAAAGGUCACCGUCUCGGAGUCAGAGGCAACUCAGCUCCAAGGAAAGCGUCGACAGAAAACGACAUGUAAGUUACUUUAAGACUUUAAAAAUAAUUAAAAAAGAAUUACUCUGUGAGAAAUAGGGCAAAAAAAGGGGAAAUAGUAGAAGGUUUGUCAUCACCUUCUGUUUCAAGGAUAUUGCCAAAUCCUGAGAGUGGGCGUUUUGUAACCCCCCAACAGCAUUGCAAAAGGAAACAGACGGUGGCUGUAGCAAGAUGUUCAUCUACGCAGGAGCAUGACUCACUGAGGGACCAAACUUUAUCCAGAUAACAAAUUUUCAUCAAUCCAUUGAGAACAAAAUUGUCUGGAACCCUUAAAAAAGCCAGUUUUAUAUUAAACUGCCUUUCCUUAAGUGUAUCAAAUUGUUUGUUGUCAAAAUACACUCCAGAUUUUCUCCCUCCCUGUCCAUCUCUCUCGGCUGCCUUUUGUCUGGGCCACAGGCAAUUACGUUUUAGGAGUAAGCAGGAAUCCGAAAAAGGAAAGCAAGAGAAAAUGAAGGCCUUUAUGCAUGCAGCUGAUAAGAACCAGGGAGAAACUCCAUUUCCCUUAUGUCGCUUUAGCGCAGGCUUCACCAAACGGUUUGUUAUAGUGGUCCAAGGGCAGCGAGCUGAAGUUACAAAUUCUCAAAGUGGUACCCACCGUCUCAUGAGAUUGUUUGCAAUUUUAGGGGUCCAGAUGUCUUACAGAGUUGUUCAAGCUGCUUUCUAGUUUUACUGGAAGCAGAAUAGAUGAAAGCUGUAAGAAAACUGGAGUCUGACUCUGAGAAAUAAGUUAAAGUCUUUUCACAGUUUCUGGAACAACAGUCUCCAGAUUUUUCCGUUUCUCACCAGAAUCAGUCUCGAGGACCAACACCAAGGCUUACCACAGGAACUUUCAACUGUGUUUCAGUUUCUAGCUCAACAUACAUGUGAAUGUGCAUACACAUACUUGUGUGCGUGCAAGUGACUCAAUCUCAGAUGGAGAAAUCAAUGAAGGUUAUCAGCCCAUCCAUCAGAUAACACAUGAGAGCUUUCCUCCCUGCCGGCUGCUUUAUUACCUCUCUCUGAUUGAGAAGACUUAAUGAAGAAUUGCUAAUGUUUUUCACAUUAGUGAACGAGCAGGUCUGAAAUUAAAUCUCUUACUAAUUAAGGGCAAAUCUGUGUUCUUUAUCUUCUUGGUAAACAUGCAUUUAAUAUCAAGCAUGCACAGUCCUGAGUCUGUCUUUACAAGAGGUAGCUUUGGCAUGACACAUUUCAUAGUCUAUCUCUUAACAAUGUAUUUAUGUUAAAUCAAUAAGAUGAAUGUUUGAAAUUAAUCCUUUAUCUACAUAAUGCCUUUAAAAUUUCUCAAGGCCCAAAAAGACAUUUUGUAUGGUUAAAUAUACUUCUGCAAAAAAUUAUCCUUUUUAUUUCUUUUUCUCCCUCGAUCAAUCUCAGUUGCUGAUACCAGAAUAAAGUGCAUUACAGUAAUCCAGUCUGCAAGAAAUUAAUGCAUGACUGUAAAGACUUUUUCUUAGUCAGGAGGCGAAAGAAAAAUAUUUGAUUUUCAUUAACUAUCUGAGCCAAGAAAAGCAGGACAACACAACUUUAGUCACCAGGGUGUCAGAGGGAGGAGUCAAAAAUGACUCUCCAGGGUUUUUCUCCUCGGCUGGAGAGCCUUUAGCUAGAACUGGGACAAGGGGAAGUAAUAGCGUUAACUUCAGAUUUAAAGUGAUUCAGCUGCAGAAAAUGUUUGUACAUCCACAGACAGGACAUAAUAUGAGACACAUCAGCGGUGCCAAGUUUUAACGGUUUUAAUGCAUAGAGCUGAGUGUCAUCUGCAUAGCAGUAAGAGUCUAUACCAUGCCCAUGUAGUAUUUGCAACAGGGGAAUAAGAGGGGCCCCAGGAUAGACCCCUGGGGGUCCCCACAUGAGCACAAGAGGAGAAGGUAAUUCCUAGCACUACAGAGAAAGACCUAUUUGACAGAUAUGGAAUGAACCAGACCAGCAACACAUGGCUUGUUUCAACAACAACAACAAAAAACAUUUAACAGUUUAGUAUAAACAAGACUGUUUAAACCACUUGUAAAUACAUGAGAUCAUACAUGGUAAAUACGUCCAAAUGCCCAAAUAUUAGCUUUUCAUAUGUUUCUUAUGUGAUACCAGUUUGUAGACAUAUCACUGUUGCCAAUAACUUCUGUUUAUUUACUCAUGUAGUGAUACACAGAGCUGCAGAAAUGCUGUGAAGGCAUGUCUGUUCCAUGUUGGAGUUUCAUUGUGAGCUGGUAGAUCGUCCAGUGAAAAUUAACCUUUCAUGACUGUGUAAUGGUGAGUACUUCUCAAAUUAAGUUUUAUUUAAACUCACUUUAUAACUUUUUAAAUUAUGUAAUUAAACAACUCUAAAAAUCAUGGCUGGUUGUCCUCCAACAGCUGGAAAUAAUCCUCCUGUCUUCUUCUAUGAAUAAUAUCCUGGGAAUGGAUGAGUGUAAGAGGACACAGACAGUGUACACGAUCGGCAUAUGUAUUUAUUCUGUCUGCAAAACAAAUUCAAUUGUGUAACGGCAUGCAGAGCUUCAAAUGUCACAUCCUUUGUGUAAUAAUGUUGGGUAAAUGUGGACCCAAGCUGUCACAGUGUUGGAUUUUUAUAUUCAUGAGUGUGUCAUGUGUCUCUGUUUGGGUUUGUUCUGUGAAUGCUCCGCAAACACCCUAAACAGACUACAGAUUGCUCUGUAUUGUAUUGUGAAGCAGCGGGCGCAGUCUCUGUCUGCUUAUAUUGAAACAUUAUGCAUUAUGGAGAUCGCACCGUUGCUCACAUCAGACACUUGAAACGCUGCGUUGAUGAUGUCUUUUGAAGCCGCUGUCGUUAUUCACCGCACAAGAAGCAGCAUGCCGCUCUGAAGGGAUGGCAAUUCAAAUAUAUAGCUUCAAGAGGGCAUGAGAGUUUGUCAUUUAAAUAUAAUGCUUUUUCAUUUUGGCUACCUAACAGGUUUGAUCAUCAUGAUAGCCACAUGGGUGUCAGUGAUUGUCAUGCUGGUGGCUUUCGUGGAUGGAGCGAGAGAUGGUGAGUGUUGGGCUCGGAUUGAAAUGGCAGAUCUAAAUGGCAAUACCUAACUGGCACUGAUGAGGGCGACUGUUAUGACACCCUUCAUUGUUUGUCUUUUGCAAGGCUAAAUAAAUACAUUGCUUUUUUUUAACAUGCCAUGAUAAGAUUCAAUUGUCCUUCUCUAGAGGAUGACAAGCAGCCGCCUGCAAAGAUCCAGAUGUCCAGCUCUGUGGUGCUUUUGGGGUCACCUGUCACAGCCAAUUGUACCAUCAGAGACGACUUCGCUCUAGCUGUCGGUCAAGCUGCUCACAUAGAGUGGCACCUGGGUGAUCACUUUCUACCCAGCAGCCCCGGGGCUAAUGAGAGCAGCAGGGUGUCCCAGGUUGUUAUACCAAGCUUCAAUCACACCAGAGCAUUUCUCACCUGCAGCGUCCGGGCCUCUACUUCUCAAGUGCUGGGAGGAGUGGAGAUCAGAGCUGGAUGUAAGGAGGAGUUCAACAGUUUUUUCUUCAUUUAUUCUCAAAUUGGCCAACAUUAACGACCGAAAGCGAAAAAAAACCUUCAACCUUUAUCAUUCUGGUGCAGCUUCACAUACAAAAAUAUACAAAAACCAAAAUACUAGCCUUAAAGAUAAAAGAUAUUGCAUAUUUCAAUGGAUAGGGAGAUAGAUGUAAAGAAAAAGGAAGCUGCACCUCAUGAUUUGGAGUUCUGCAUUUGUUACCCAAAUAACCAAGACUGCAACUGUUAAAGAAAUACAAAGGGAGUUAACUUGACAGAUGUUAAGGAGGUGGUUUCAUUUUAGUGUAAGGUUAGGACUCAUUAAAAACACUGAAUGGGAGUUUCUGUAGUUUGAAUUGCUUCACAUCUACAGAACAACAGUGCUACAUAAACAGAAAAUACAUAAAAUGAUCUUACAUAUACCACUGCUAUAGAUACUGAAAACAUUUACUUAAAAAAUACAUAAACUGAGAAUGCAUACACUGAAAAAAGAUAUGCUGAUGAUACUUAUAUUUUAAAUACAUAAACUCAUGCUACAUACGCUGACAAAAUAUAUACUGAAAAUACAUAUACUUCUGCCUCCUCUCCUGAAAAUCAUUAUACUUUGAAUACACCAUAAUUCUACAAAUACAGGAAGUAUAAUAUAUACUUAAAAAAGAUAGUAUAAUGAUGCUGUAUAACAUAAAAAUAGAUAGACUAAUGCUACACGUACUGAACGCAUAUAAAUCAAUGCUUUAUAUACUGAAAAUACAUGUACAGCAAAUACAUACACUUAUGCAUAUAAGGAUGUUACAUAUCCUAAAAAUACAUAAACUUUUGCUACAUAUUCACUGAAAAUAUAUUUAUACAGAAAAUGCAUAACCUGAUGCUUCCUUUAUUGAAAAUACAUAAUAAGCGAAUAUGUAGCCACACUUAAAAUACAUGUAAUGAUGCCGCAGAUAAAGAAAAUACAUUAAAGGGAUACUCUGGCGUAAAAUUAAUUUAGGGUCAAACACACCGUAACACCAAGUCAGACACCCCCCCCAAGAGAUGACUGUUGCCGACCGCUUGAUUUUCUGGUUAUAACAACUUUAGUAAUGACCACAGAUAGCAAUUCACAGCGGUCUGAGGAGCCAUAAACAAACCUCAACCAAAAUGCCACUCUACAACUUCAAAUAAUGCUCAGAACAGCACCUAACUUCAUCAGCAGUACAUAUAAGGUCCCAGCCACAGCAUGAGCCACCAAACAUCUUUUUAACUUUGCCUAAUUACUUUAGCAAAGAGUCUAAACACAACUAACCUACUCUCUUCCGUGGGGUGACGCAGCUCAAGGAAGAACAUUUAUGGCAAAGUUUCUCUCAAGGGGGUGUCUAACUCGGUGGUACGGUGUGUUUGACCCUAAAUUGAUUUUACGCCGGAAUAUCCCUUUAACUGAAAAUAAAUGUACUAAUGGUACAUACAAUGAAAAUUUUGAAAACUAAUGUUACAUAUACCAAAAACACAUACGCAUUUUACACAUACUGAGAAUACAUACACUGAUGCUACAAAUGUAUAUUGAAAAUCUCUGAGACUCUGCUGUGAAAAUGUGGUUGAAUAUGAACAUGAAAAGCUCCAUGUUUGACAGACCACUGGAAAAAUAUGUGUUCCAUAUUAACAGAUCCGCCAGUCGCACCACAAAACCUCAGCUGUCAGACAAAUCUCACCACCCCAAACACCCUGACUUGCAGAUGGGACCCAGGGCAGCAGGAGACACACCUCCCCACCAUCUACACCCUCCACACAGAGAUACGGUAAUACUCUUUAAAUGCCAUCUGCCAGAAAUACUCUGAAACAGUUACCAGAAAGCCAACAUCAUGUUUGUGUCAGGAAUGUCUUUUACAAAAUCUGCCCUUGAGGUUGCUCAAUGUGUUUUUCACGAAACUAUUUCCUCUUUUCAGGGAUAGAAACGAGAACCACUCGUACGACUUACAACCAGGGGUCCACCACUACGUAAUCCCCCGUUCUGGCUUUUCCUUCUUCUUAGAAAUAGGGGUUUACGUGAAGGCAGCCAAUGAACUUGGACAGGCGACCUCAGCACCUCUUCUUUUAGAGCCUGUCAGUGCAGGUGAGAAAUGCAGGAAGCAUGUCUUCACUGGAUGUUUCUGUGAUUGUCGGUAUGUUAUGUCAUCUUAGGUAAUCCAGAAUAAAUGCAACUACUGCAUUUAAUUACCCCAAACUGCAAGUUGCAUUCUGGGAAAUGUAUUAUCGAGAAAAGAGGAUGCAUUGACCACAAAGCUCAAAAUUUGACUGUUUCCCUUGAAAGCUUUCUGAAUUCAGAACUUCUCUAAUUCUGUACUAAAGAUAUUUCAGAAUAUCACCAAGUGUUCAGGACAAAAUAUUGAUGUUUGGAUCCACUGCUUUGACUAUUGAUUUAAAUCUCUGCUUGGAAAAAACACUCUGCAAGCUCCUGGUGGGGUUUUACACAUGUCUCCCUCACAUGAAUUAGAAAUGUGUUCUUCUUAAAAUUUUCUGUAUGUGUUAAUGAACAAAUACAAUGAUGCCUAGAGGGUAAAUGACUUGUUCAUCACAUUCUGGCUUUUGCUUUGUGCACUGUUGCAGCUAAAUUCGACGCGCCAACCAUUACAAAUAUUGAAGCGGUGUCGAGGAAAUUUGGCUGCUUAAAGCUGCACUGGAGUUUGUCCCGGCACCAAGUUUGGCUGCAGGAUUACCGCCUGAACCUAGAAGUCCGAUGUAAGACUGCAGACAGCAACCAAUGGAACCCACAGCCCGUGAGUAAAAGCUCAUCCUGGCAGUGUUUAAAAAUGGUUGAUUUUCGAUCAAUACAGCAGCUUUGAGCAGCCACAGGAAAAUAUGUGUUAUGUUUACUGACAGUCAGAUCCACUGAGGUUUUUUUGUGUUGGGUCACAUGUUAGGUGCUAAUGAGUCGGGCCAAAACCAAACCUGUGGACUUGUGUCGUCUGCUCAAUGGGACUCGGUACAACAUGCAGCUUCGUAUCAGGUACAGGCAAAGCCCCUGGAGUGAGUGGAGCGGCGUCCGGUCUGGAGUCACCUUGGAGAGCGGUUAGACUCGGAUCAAUUCAGAGUGACACAAUCAGUCACUCUUACAUUUCCAAUCUUUGGCCUUUUCUUCCAUUUCCUGCUCUUUUCAAUAUAUGCUAAUGUCAUGUUCUACAUCCCCCAUUGCUUUGCUCUACAGCACCGGCUCAAUUGAUGUAUUGAGCUCUGCCGCCCACUCGGCAGUGAAUCCAUACACACGUCUUGUAGAGAAAAGUUUUAUUUCUAAAAGAGUGAGAAGAAAGGUGCCAGCUUUUGACAAGGUGCUAAGAUGACAGCCAUCUUUUUUCUUUUCAGCUCCCACUGGACGCCCCAAUUUGUGGAUGAAAGUAUCAAGGGAUGAAAUGCAUGAACAACUCAAUAUACACCUGUUUUGGAAGGUACACACACACAUAUGUGUUGUUGGACACCUGUCACAUACAGAUGUAUUUCCUGAUUUAUGUGUGAGGUCUGCUUUUAAAAUAGCUUCUCACCUUUUUUACCUUUUUUUUUCCAGCCAUCAAAACAAUUUCAUGCCAACAGCCAGAAUGUGUCAUACACUGUCAUGGCGCAAAAGCCGUCGGGUGAAAAAGGGAUGGUGUGCUCUACAACUGGGAAUUACUGUUCUUUCCAGACGUCUAUUAAAGCAAAGAAAGUAUAUUUGAGAGCAGUCAAUGCAGCAGGGAAAUCUCCACCGAUUGAAGUUUGGAUCCACCAACCUAAAGGUAUAACUGACUCAAUUUAACCAGCGUCAUUGUAAAAACCUCAAUCAUAUUCAUAUUUUUUUAGAAACUUAAAAAUAUGGUCUGUAUGGGCUUGAAUUUUAGUUAAAUCUGAGUUGUUGUUUUUGCUGACAUAUCUAAGGAGGCAAAUUGUCCUUCACUUUCAAUCUGGGCACAUGGUUACCUCUGAAGUGAACACCUGAAUGAAAUGGGCAGAAAUUAUUAAAGCAGUGUAAAGAAAAUGAGGUUUUGCCUGGAAGUUGUUUGCAAAAGGCCCAAAAAGUUGGCCAAUGUUCUCAGAGGAAAACACUGCAGAUUGGUGAUAGUAUCCAAUGCUGUCAGGCUGUAGUAUAUGUUGAAUUAAAGGUUGAAAAUUACAUCUGUGUCUUGUGUCUUGUAGCUGUUUCUGCCUUAUCACGCGUCUCAGUUGUUCCUCAAGACGAUCAAUCCCUCCUGGUCCAGUGGAAAAGCCUUUUCUCUCCCAGCGUCACUGGUUUCGUGGUGGAAUGGAAACCUUUGUUAAACACGGACAUCUCCUCCACCCAGUUUGAAAUGACCGAUAGAAACCAAACAAGCCUUAUUUUAACAGGUAUAGUAGCGUUUGUACAGCAGGGUUGCGAUCCACUUUACUCUCUUUUAUUCUGUUGUCCUUAUCGCCUUUGCCGCAAAAACACACUGUUGUGUGAACUUUUCUUUCCUGUGUAAUAUUUUGCCUGUAUACACAGUCUCUAGCUUAUGGGCAUUGAUACACUCUAACCUCUUCACUCUCAUCAACAGACAACUUUGAGCCCUACAAGCCCUAUGGGAUCUCGGUGUAUCCACGGUUUAAGGAUGGGAUAGGUCUUCCUCAGACUGUUAAUGCUUACUUGAGACAAAAGGGUAAGUCACCAAAGACUCAGAGGAGGAUCACACAAAGAGAAGGCGGAGGUGUGAGAGUUGGGUUUCUUCAACUUUGAAGAAGUGAAAGAAAGAGUUCUCAGCAUGCGUAAAAAAGUAGAUAUUGUGCAAUCAUUCAGGAAGAGCUGAUACAUGAAGAAAGAAUGCCCUCUUGUGGAUAAAGACGAAUUUUAUUACUAUUUUUCCUGAAGGGCUUUUAUAAUCAGUACAUCAUGGAAAUCCUCAGUCUGGAGACCAGUGCACUAAAGUUGUAAUAUUCCCUCAUAUUUCUUUUUAAGCUCCAUCCAUGGUGCCGAAAAUAACAAUUAAAAAGAACUGGCAGUCACAUGUCGAGCUCACCUGGGAUGAAAUUCCUUUAGACAAAAGGAAUGGGAUAAUCAAGAGCUACAAAGUCUUCUACUGGAAUGAAAAGGGAGUCGUUAAAGGUGGGUUCAAGACCCUAUUUUUUUCCUGUUCUGAAAUAUUUAUCUCUGUCUUUUGAUGCUUACUGAUGUCUGAUUUUUCUUUUAGUUGCAAAUGCAGACCCAAAAGAGAGUAAGGUGGUUCUGACAAACCUCGACGAUGUGUCUUUGUAUCAGGCCUUUUUGAUGGUUAGCACAUUUGGUGGAAGCCUAAACGGGUCCACGAUUACUUUUGAAACCGAACCUUUUGGUGAGUACCAUCAUUUGGCUGUGGAAUAUCAAGAAACAUGAUCAAGAGGGCUUAAUUUUUUUUAUUUGGAGUAUUUGUUUCUCAUCUUCCAGAUGCGUUUUCCGUUCUCAUGAUUGCGAGUGCAUCCCUUGUCGGGCUUUUACUUUCUAUCAUCUUCUUCGUCCUGAGUUGUUCCUCCAAACACAAAAGGUGAGCUUGUUUACAAACUGCAAAAGCUGUGAAGCUAAUAUGUUUACUUCUAAAACACUUUUUGUUCCUUUGCAGGAUGAAAGGGCGUUUCUGGCCUGUUGUUCCAGAUCCGGCUAACAGCAGCAUCAAGAGAUGGACAUCAGAAUCAACACAGGUGUGUAAAUCAACCUGUUCAAGAUAAAAUACUUUCAAACCAAGCUACAACCUCCAAGGUUGGUAAAAGAACCAAAUACUGCAGUACCACAAGUGGCCACUCGAGGCUGGCUCCAAAUGCAAGUCAAUCCCAACAAGUACCCUCAUCUGACACUAGAAUUAUACAUGCUGACAGCUUUAUACACACAAACAGUUCUGGUCUUUAUUGCCAAUUUAUGACAACUGUAGGCAGGGGUGUACACAGACUUAAAUGACUGGGGUGGCCAAACUAAGGCACACCUACAACAAAAUAGCAUCCAUUUAGCCUUUAGGUUUCUACUUGUCAUUCUCACUCCAACUGCUAACCAAAAAACAAUCCCCCCCCCCCCCCCCCCCCCACACACACACACACACACACACACAGAAAAAAGAAAAAACACUGAAAGCAUCAGCAACAAAUUAGCCUGACACAGCUGUGAGGAGGGUAGGUGUCAGACUAGAGAACUGACAGACCACAAAAGAAAACACCCUUUGUGAUAUUUUCAGCAGAAAAUAUUCACAAUGAAUUAUAAAGUCUGCUGUUAAAAAAAUGAAGUGAGAUUAUUAGUCAGAAAACAGAAUACUGGCAUGCAGAGGAUAAGAUAAGCAGAUAACAUAAGAUAUUCCUUUAUUAGUCCCAUAGGGGGAAAUUCCAAGUAAAGAGAGAUGUAUGAUGAGAUGUAUAUCUUCAUCCACAGGGGGGAGCAAAUCAAUAAAAAUCUAUAAAACUUAAAAGUUCCUCACUGUGGCUUUAAGGUAGAAUAGCAACACAUAAAUCCUUUUCAAUUUUAUUCUGAAAAUGCUAAAGCAUCCUUUUAGUUUGUAAUCAUCAACUCCUCGCAUGAGCUUUAAACCCAUGACUAACGUAAUGGUUGUUUAUUUACAGCUUAUUUACAGUCAAUCCAUAAAGCAGCAUUCAUCAACAGUUUUAUUUAACAAUAUAAUAUUUAAUAAAGUUUAUUGAACUCUUUUUUGCUCCUUUUUUUCAGUUUUGGUGCAGCAUCAGGGCUCCCUUUUCAUAUUUAUUUUUUGAUGGAGAGGCUUUAUGAUAUACUAAUGCAGAUAUGCUCAGAACUGUACAAUAGUUGUCACACAAAGUUAGCAGCAAGACUGUAUAUAUUGUCAUUUUGUAAUUAAAGAUAUUGUUUCCUUGUUUAUUUCCCUUGUACAGGAUAGCUAUUUGGCAUCUGACAGUGAGGAGCCCAACCCAGUGUACCUGUCCCACCUCAGCUUCCUGGACCUCCCAGUCAAACCGAGUAAAGAGAACCACGAUGAUCUGUGGCUGAACAGUUCAGAGAAUUCCAGCGACUUAGGGGAGUCCAUUUGUGGUUCCCCAUUCCUCCCUGUGUACUCUGGUUCAAACAGCGACUCAGUACCUUAUGCUACAGUGGUCUUCUCUGAUCCAUGCAGCAGCCCCACACCGUCAGGGCCUCCUGUUUACCUGCGCUCUGAGUCCACACAGCCUCUCCUGGAGUCUGAGGAGUCCUUUACUCCAAAGUGCUACCAGAAUGCAGCAAAUGUUGGGAAGCUGACAGAGCAAUGUUUCUUUGGAUCCAGCCAUGACUGUAUCGCUGAAGAAGGGAAAGACCUCAAAAUUCUGUGGGAUGAUUUUCCUCUGCUGAGAGCGCUUGCAAUAAAUGACAGUGAAAUUGACUAAAAGCAGCUUCCUGAUUACAAGUCUUAAGUGAUUUCGAAGACAUUUAUCUAGAUCUGUGUUAGGAUGAUUCAGUGUAGCUCAAAGCUGUAAAUGCAUGCUCAGUGUAAUCCUGCAGUAACUUUGAUUUUUAAUGAUUAUGAUGUUUGUGCUCUGUUUGCAAACUAUGUAGAUAUGUCAACUCUCCAGGAAACUAAUCUUAAUUACCAAUGAAAAUCUGUCUUGCUCAGGGUGGUGUGUUUAGAGUACAUGAUACUCAUAUGCCAAGGAAAACAACAUUUUCUAACCUAAAAACCUCUUUAUUAUACAUAUAUUUCUUUGCACUUGAAUUUUCUUAUGAAAAUAUACUUAAUUUUACCAUAUACCAUGUUUUGUUGAUUAAAAUAUCAUUUGUUGAAAUAUUUCCUCUCUUUUCUUUCAUUGUGUGUUUUGUUUUACAUGACUCCUUAUCUGUAAUUUGUGCCUUUUUUCCAGGCUAAAUGAUUAAACAAAUAGUGCUCAAAACAUUAACAAA